CGAGACCAUCUGUGUCGCGUGUCUACGCAGCGCAUCCUGCCAGUACUAGCCCACCUGGCUUCAGCAAUUUGAGCAAUACUCAGUCACACAGUCACUUGGGGUCGCAACUGGAAGAUGAUGACAGCGGACCCCUUGCAAGCGAUGGCACGUCUCCCAAGAAGGAAAGCAAAGUACAGCCUUCAGUAUUCGUCACAAUCAGCAGCGCACCGAAGUCUCGUGUGGAGUUCAAAAGCUGGUGCUUGACUACCUUCAAGCACUUUGUAAAGUCGGAUGUCUUCGCACUUGCUCUUCCUCCAGCACAGAGCCUCGGGGACCCACACUUGGAAGGCAUUGAGAUGAAUAUGUUCCGGAACACACCGCGGCUUUUUCUUGGAGAAGACGUUUACGACGUCCUGUGGGGCCCUACUGCUGGCGGAACUGGAGGCAGAAACAUUGCUGCAGCUGUUGGGGAACGCCGCAGAGCUGUGGCGCUCGCCAAGGUGCAAUCUCAGCGAGAAAAACGGGCACGCAAAGGGGCACCACAAGGCUUUGUGAUGCCUGGUCAUACUGUGGAGGCUGAUUCUGCUGAGGGCAGGGGAGAGGAUCGCGUCUUCAACUUCGCAAAGCUGCAGCUCACUGACAGCUACUGGAAUGAGGAUACACGUGCCCUCUUCAAGGCGCUCGAGUACAAGGACCUGCGGGUGUUCAAGUGGUCGUUCAAGAGCAUGUACCAGAAGGUCUCACCAGCCAAGCGCCCCGCCCUUGGUGACUCCGGUGGAGGCUCCUCUGCUGGCGCAGAGUUCCCGCUGGUCCUCUGCUAUGACACAAGUACCUUGUUUGAAGUGCACAUCAUCCAACUGGGCGGCGACACCCCUGGCGACGACGUAGUGGCUACUCUGAUCAAGAACCCACCUGGCCGCCAUGGGAAAGUUGACUUGCACAUCUCCGGCACCCGGCCCGACUAUGCGUGCGACACCGCUCUCCAGCUUGGGGGACAGGAGGUCGCCCUGAAGAGGAAGUACUCGGAGUUGAGCCCGGCGCUUUUUGCCCUCAGCACCGACUGGACCAAAGACAUCCCGCUCGCACACGACGUCGACUCGGAUGUGUUCUGUAAGAAGGUACUGGACAACGGGAAUGUUGUCUAUGUAUUAAGAAGCAUGGCCCGCAAACUGAGGCUCCACCUGAGGUGA